AUGUUCCUCUUUCUCAUUCUGAUAUGCGCACGAUCGCAUGAUCGGAAUAAUAAUAGAAUGUUCUUUGCUGCUGACAAUAAUCCAUCGUAUCCGGACGGAUUCUUUUCGAAUACAAGCUCCGAUCAUGGAGAUGUCCUCGCCAACCGUCACAUCAAGAUGUGCUUUCUUCUUUGCUGUCGCGGUCCCAUCCUUGUACUAAACAAUUUACUAACAGUAGUUCGGAAGCUUUCACGAUUGGAGCUCAGUUUUCGAACUGGUUUUCGUCUGGUAUUUGCCAUUAAGCUCCUAACAACCGCAAUUGUCUAUUCCAUAGCAUGA